ACAGCGCAAAGUCAGAAUUUCAAAUACAAGUAGUCGGUACCUUCAAGUCCGUCUGCAUGCAGCCAGUCGAUUUGCGAGUGACCGAUGAAUGAUGGCGGAAGGUUCGUCAAGAUUAAAAAGUCCCCCAGCGAGAAUGGAGAGCCAGUCAGAUGAGUAUGAGUAUGACGAGUACGAAGACGUUGAUGCCUACUAUGAUGAGGGGCAAGAUGAAAUGGAGCCAGAGGACGAACGAGAACCUGACCCUGAGUUUUACGAGUACAGGCUACUCACUGUAGACGAGGCAAAAGCAUUCUUAGCUAAGGAGGUACAGACAGCUGCUGAUAUACUCAAGAUUCCAUGCUUUGCAGCCAAGGCUCUUCUGAUGUCUCAUCGAUGGAACCUAGACGCCAUUCAGAGUCGAACCAAGCAGGACAUAGCCAACCUCCUGGCUGAAUGUGGAGUGCUUCCAUCAGCUGAUAGUAGCCUUACAAAGGAACCUGCCACCCCCAGCAACUAUGUCUGCCCGGUCUGCAUAGAGCACCAGUCUAAAGAGCAGGUCAGGUCGUUGCUAUGCGGCCAUUUUUUCUGCAAGGACUGCUGGACACAGCACCUUGUGGUGCUCAUCAAUGAAGGAACCUCAACAGGCAUCCAUUGCAUGGCUGAGAAGUGUCUCAUGAGGGCGCCAGAGGACUUUGUCCUCCCCCUUCUGCAGUCUGAGCAGCCGAGACUAAGAUACAAUGACUUCUACUUCAAGGAGUCAGUCAAGAAUCACAGUAACUUGAGAUUCUGCCCGGGUGCUGACUGUACCAUCGUUGUCUAUGCAGAGGAAGUCAAGAGCAAGCGAGCUGAAUGCACACAAUGCAAGACGAAUUGGUGUUUUAAUUGUUGCAACAACUACCAUGCCCCAGCAGACUGUGACAUCAUCAAGAGAUGGCUAACGAAAUGUGCCGACGAUUCCGAGACAGCUAACUACAUCAGUGCCCACACAAAAGAUUGCCCUGUAUGCAAUAUCUGUAUAGAGAAGAACGGUGGCUGCAACCAUAUGCAAUGCUCCAAAUGCCUUCAUAACUUCUGCUGGAUGUGUUUAGGAGAUUGGAAGACGCAUGGUAGUGAAUAUUACGAAUGCAGCCGCUACAAGGAGAAUCCUAACAUUGCCAACGAGUCUGCCAACGUCAAGGCACGGGAAGCACUCAAGAAGUAUCUCUUCUAUUAUGAGAGGUGGGACAACCAUGCCAAGAGCCUACGUCUGGAGCAGGAAACGUUGAGGAAAUCUCAGGAGAGGAUCCAGGAGAAGGUGGAGAACAAGAUGGGGACGUGGAUCGACUGGCAGUAUCUGUUGGCUGCCGCAUCAUUACUUGCAAAGUGUCGCUACACCCUCCAGUAUACCUACCCCUUCGCCUACUACCUGGAGCCAAGUCCUCGUAAGAAGCUCUUUGAGUACCAGCAAGCCCAGCUAGAAGCUGAGAUUGAGAAUCUAUCCUGGAAAGUAGAGAGAGCUGCCACUUAUGAUAGAGGAGACCUUGAGAAUCAGAUGAACGUUGCAGAGAAGAGACGGCAGACAAUGCUAAAAGACUUCUUCCCGGCGUAAACGGUGUCUUCUCAUUUCCUAGAGACAUUCUGAAAGGACCAUGGGUGAUUGGCAGUUGCCGUUUAUGCUUAAAAACUAGCUCAGUUGUAAGGGCGAUUGUGUAGUUACUUGUCCCUCUGUCUUUUUGGUUCUUUUAGCAACCCUAAACCUGUCAGACGCAACACAGCGUAUCAAGUGGAAAAGAACUGGUGCACUUUGAUGCACAACACCAGUGCAUGCAUGGCCAGCUCUGAAACAGUGAGAGCCAAGUCCCAUUGAACAAUGCCACAGUUGUAUCCUGCUGCGUGCGGUGACCACGGACUCUGAGGCAGUGUGGCCUUGAGACUUUUCCCCUGAUGGAUCUUGCUACAUUUGGCAGGCUUGUGACUUAGUCAAAGUGUUGCAUGUUGCUACGUUUGCCAGGGUUCUAGCAAACAUACCCUGGAGGGUUAGAGUCAAAAUAAAUGUUUUUAUCAUUCCAAAAUGACAUCUGCAACCCGAAGCAGUCUUCUUUAAUUCUAAUAACCCUAUUUUUGUGCAAUUUUGAACAGUAUCUGUUGGUAGAAAAUGCCAUUUUCUUACUUUUUUUUCAGUAGAAACCAUACGAAUCAAUGCUGUUUUGCACAAUCACAGUGCAUCGUGGUGAUGGCCACUUAUAUUUUCGUGUUGGAUUUGAUGUCGACAUCAUCAUUUUACCCCAAAACUUCCCUCAAGCAAAACAAAACAAAACCCUGCCCUCCAACCACAACAGUCUUGUUGAUUUUAAACAUUGCUAGCUAAUUGGGUGUGUCCAAUAACCUCAAAGUGGAUGUUCGUUCUCUUACAGGAACAGGGCCUGUAACUACGCAAUCGCCAUUGUAAGAUGCAUACAUGUAGCUACAGUUGAGCCCGCCGCACACCUGUUCGAUUUUACCAGUGAACGCUUUUUUUUUUCACCGUUAACCCGGCACACGUGCUAUCAGUCACAUGAUGAUCAGUCACAUGAUGACAAAAUGGCAGCCGUCGAUUUUAAAUCAUGCGACUUAGUUCAUGAAUCAGAUUAGUUUACAUAAAUAUUGCGUCCAGUAAAAUCGGAGUGCUGCCCGCACUACACUCCAGUGACAUCGGAUCCGGUGAAAUCGGAUGGGAAAAAAUCAAACUUGUUUUACUCCAUCCGAUCGCCCAGGUUUACGGUCAGAUUGGUCCGAUUUUUCAGUGCAUACCUCUCUGCUCUGUACGUCUGAUGGCCCGAUGAUCUGGUAAAAUUGGAACAGUGCGCGGCAGGCUUUAGGCUGGAACUCAGGUUAAUUGUAAAUUUCCUUAAUUCUUUUUUAUUAUCGUGAUUUGACCUUGGGAUAUGUAUCUUCAAACUGCCUCAGCCAUGUCAGCUAAAGAAAUGAAGUCAAAUUGUGCAGUGGCUCUAAUAAAGCCACGUUGCUUCUGCCUUUGACAUUUAGCCGAUUGUAGAUAUAUCUGGGGGGUUUUUUUGUACAUUGAUGAACUAAAUUUGUAUCCCUACUCAAACCAUGUCAAAGUUGUAUGAUAUUUUGUUUGAAAAACUCCAAUAUUAAAUAUACUAAUUUCUUAGUUUGGUAUUUGAAAAGGU